AUGAAGAAAUUUUACAUCAGGAAGGUGCUGGCAGCCGCUUCCUCCUCCUCUUCAUCGUCUUCUUCAUCCCAGCCUGGAAACAAGGAGGUGGACAUCCCAGAAACCCUCCAGUCCGAGCACUUCCAGCUCUGCAAGACGGUUCGCCAUGGAUUCCCAUUUGAGCCCUCUUCGAUGGCAUUUGAUCCAGUACAGAAGAUUCUCGCAAUUGGCACAAAUCAUGGAGCUCUGAGGCUGUUUGGUCGGCCAGGAGUUGAGUGCUAUUGCCAGCAUGACAGUGAUUCUACAGUAAUCCAGCUUCAGUUCCUGAUUAAUGAGGGAGCGCUUGUGAGUGCCUUGACGGAUGACACUUUACACCUUUGGAAUCUGCGACAAAAGAGACCCGCCAUAUUGCAUUCCCUGAGAUUCACCAGGGAACGGAUAACGUUUUGCCACCUGCCUUUCCAGAGCAAAUGGCUCUACGUGGGGACAGAAAGAGGAAAUAUUCACAUUGUCAACGUGGAGUCGUUCUCGCUCUCAGGCUACGUCAUCAUGUGGAAUAAAGCCAUUGAACUGUCAUCCAAAUCACACCCAGGACCAGUUGUCCACAUAAGUGAUAAUCCAAUGGAUGAAGGCAAGCUCCUAAUUGGUUAUGAGAGCGGUACUGUAGUGUUAUGGGACCUCAAGUCAAAGAGAGCAGACUACAGAUACACCUAUGACGAGGCCAUCCAUUCUGUUGCUUGGCACCAUGAAGGAAAGCAGUUCAUCUGUAGUCAUUCUGAUGGCACCUUGACUAUAUGGAAUGUGCGAUCUACUAAGCCCAUACAGACAAUCGUACCACAUGGUAAACAGAUAAAGGAUGGAAAAAAGCCAGAACCAUGCAAACCUAUCCUGAAGGUGGAGUACAAAACAACAAGAUAUGGGGAGCCUUUUAUUAUCCUAUCUGGUGGCCUGGCCUAUGACACUGUGGGAAGAAGGCCUUGCCUAACAGUCAUGCAUGGGAAAAGCACAGCUGUCCUAGAAAUGGAUUAUCGAAUUGUGGAUUUCCUCACCCUUUGUGAAACUCCAUAUUCUAAUGAUUUUCAAGAACCCUACGCUGUGGUUGUACUUCUAGAACAAGAUUUAGUUGUUAUAGAUCUUGCACAAAAUGGAUAUCCUAUAUUUGAAAACCCUUAUCCUCUGAGCAUACAUGAGUCACCUGUGACUUGCUGUGAGUACUUUGCGGACUGUCCUGUGGAUCUUAUCCCUGCACUUUACUCUGUUGGAGCCAGACAGAAGCGACAAGGUUACAGUAAAAAGGAAUGGCCUAUCAGUGGUGGAAAUUGGGGUGUUGGCACACAAAGCUAUCCUGAGAUAAUAAUUACAGGUCAUGCUGAUGGAUCAAUCAAAUUUUGGGAUGCUUCAGCAAUAACAUUGCAAAUGUUAUACAAGCUUAAGACGGCAAAAGUGUUUGAGAAAUCACGAAAUAAAGAGGACAAGCCUAGCACAGACAUCGUAGAUGAAGAUCCAUAUGCCAUCCAGAUGAUCUCUUGGUGCCCAGAGAGCAGGAUACUAUGUGUGGCAGGCGUCUCAGCCCAUGUCAUCAUUUACAGGUUUAGCAAGCAGGAAGUGACAACAGAUGUCAUCCCGAUGAUGGAAGUGAGGUUGCUGUAUGAAAUCAACGAUCUAGAGUCACCGGACAUUGAACAGUUACCAACGCCUAGUGGUGGACCCAACUCACAGCCCAUUGUUCUUCAGUCUCACCCAUCUACAAGCAGCAGUUCAUCAGAUGGAAUACGUGACAAUGUACCUUGUUUAAGGGUCAAAAGCACUCCAUUAAAGCAAUCCGCCGGCUACCAAGUAGAACUGGUAAUACAACUUGUAUGGGUCAGUGGAGAACCUCCACAGCAGAUAACCAGCUUGGCUGUUAAUUCUGCCUAUGGCCUAGUAGUAUUUGGAAACUGUAAUGGUAUUGCUAUGGUAGACUACAUGCAGAAGACCGUUCUGUUAAACCUGGGUACAAUUGAACUAUAUGGCUCCAAUGAUCCCUACCAGAGGCAGCCACGUUCUCCACGCAAAACACGACAGCCCUCAGGAGCAGGUCUUAGUGACAUUAACGAGAGCACGACUGCCUCAGAGGAUCGUUGCAAAUCCCCCACCUCAGGUUGUGGCUCUCUCACAUCUUCUGAUGAUGAACAAUCAAUGAAAAUAUUUAUAGAAAAGGUGAAGAGCAAGGGCAGAAAGUUUUCCAGGGCGAUAGCCACUGACAUAGCAAAGAUGUCAAGGAAGUUAAGCCUACCUACAGAAUUAAAGCCUGAACUAGAUGUCAGAGACAACUCCUUCAGCCGGUCCCGGAGUUCCAGUGUGACCAGCAUAGACAAGGAGUCACGGGAGGCAAUAUCUGCUCUCCAUUUCUGUGAGACCUUCACCAGGAAACCUGACCUAUCUACAUCCCCAUGCUUAUGGGUUGGAACUACGCUAGGUACUGUGUUAGUUAUUGUUCUAAACCUGCCACCAGGAGGAGAUCAGAGACUUCUUCAGCCUGUUAUUGUAUCUCCAAGUGGGACAAUUCUGAGGCUAAAGGGAGCAAUCUUAAGAAUGGCAUUUCUGGACUCUCUAGGGGCUUUAAUUCCACCAGCAUAUGAACCCUGGAGGGAAUUGAACGUUCCUGAAGAUAAGGAUGAUAGGGAGCGAUUGAAAAAGCGGAGACCGGUUUCAGUCUCACCCUCUUCAUCUCAGGAAAUCAGUGAGAACCAAUAUGCAGUGAUAUGUUCUGAAAAACAGGCGAAGGUGAUCUCACUGCCCUCCCAGAACUGCAUUUAUAAACACAACAUUACAGAGACUUCUUUUGUCCUCCGUGGAGAUAUAGUGGCAUUGAGUAAUAGCACCUGCCUUGCAUGUUUCUGUGCCAAUGGACACAUUAUGACUUUUAGUUUGCCAAGUUUAAGGCCGCUGUUGGAUGUAAAUUACUUACCGCUAACCAACAUGCGGAUAGCCCGAACAUUCUGCUUCACAAACAAUGGGCAGGCUUUGUAUCUCGUCUCACCUACAGAAAUACAGAGAAUUACUUACAGUCAAGAAACCUGCGAGAACUUACAGGAAAUGUUAGGUGAGCUUUUCACUCCAGUUGAAACACCAGAAGCCCCUAAUAGAGGUUUCUUCAAAGGCCUGUUCGGAGGAGGAGCACAGUCACUGGACAGAGAGGAUCUUUUUGGCGAAACAGCAUCUGGUAAAGCUUCAAGAGGUCUUGCUCAGCACUUUCCUGGACCAGGGGGUAUUGAAGGAGUUAAAGGAGCAGCAUCUGGCGUUGUUGGUGAACUAGCACGGGCUAGGUGGGCCCUGGACGAGAGGGGGCAGAAAUUAGGAGAAUUAGAAGAUAAAACAGCGGCCAUGCUUGCUAGUGCGGACUCAUUCUCCAAACAAGCUCAUGAGAUGAUGGUAAAAUGCAAAGAAAAGAAGUGGUAUCAGUUCUGAUGAGCCAGACUCAAAUGCAUCGGUUUAACUUCACUGGGAAGGAAGAUUUUAAACAAAACAUGCAUCCAUUUUCUCGUCCUUUCUUUCUGCAGGACAGUUGGGAACAAGGGGGGAACAUUCAUAUUUGGUUACUGUUUCCUAGCACAAAUCAUAUACUGUUUUACCUCAGUCUUGUGGCUUUAACUGAGGAGCAUUACAUCCAAACAAACAGAAACAAGCUCAGUAUUUGUCUUGAAGCUGUGGUAUGGUGAGAAGAUGGAAGAGAGCAGGCGACAGUGGAGACACUGGUGAGAAGACACAAACAAGAAUGAGCAAAAGUGUAAAACUUUUUUUUUUUUUUUUAUUAUAAUUUCAAUGUUAAUAUUUUUGGUUGUUUCUUUUUUUUUUGUCUUUUACGGGUGUUUCACUUUUCUGAAAAAGGAGACGUUAGAAGAUCUGCAUCUAACCUAUGUUGCUUACCCACAAAUAUCACUGGCUCUUACAGCUAUUAAAUGUAGGGACACAAAACAGUCCUAAGACUGUACUAACUGCACAAGGUGAGAACAACCCAUUCAUCCACAGAAAGCGACCGGUCAUUUUUUACGAUGGUGAAGAUACAUUGUUAAAUCAUUACAUAUUCUGCAUUCAUGUCAAGCUCGUCAAAGGAUUGAUAAACCCUUCAUAAGUUAUGGAUCUUUUUAGAUAUCCCUUGACAUUAGAGUUUUUCUUUGUUAUUGUAUUUUAUUUCAACUUAAGAAUAUGGGCCACUGCCUCAGUUACUCUAUGAUCCAUUAGCCACAUAAGAAUUCCUCUAUGAAUGGUUCUAAUACCAAAUCGUUAUAAUGUUCCGCAGUUCAUUAGCGGAGAAAGGGUCGUUUUGCAGUUAAAUGGAGAUUGUGGUGGUAUCUCCAUCUGUUAUGUGUUUACUGUUUGUUAAAACAAAACUUAUCUUUGAAAGAAACUGCUAAAUUACAAGUUGUCUUUCUGAACCACUUUUAUAUAUGGUAAACAUCCUUCUUUUGUUAGAUUAUAGAUUAUAGAAAUAUAGAAAAUUCAGCUGGAAUGAAAAAAGAAAUGUUAUGUAUGACUUUAUGUCAAAUAAGAAUAAUGUACAAUAUGUACUGCACAAGAAACACAUAGACUGAUGCUUAAUACAUAUGGCACAGAAUAUUAUUCUUUAUCAAUAUUUCCAGAUUAAUCAUCUAACAUUCCCUAUAUGCUCAUUGCAAAAGAUUUUGACUUGCCCAGAGAGUAAUCCAAUAUUAUUUAAUACAUACCUAUCUACUUUUUAUGCCUCCCAGAGAUGAAUCCAAUUGACAAGGGCAGAUUGCGACUCAAAACAUCUCAUAAUGGCCCUGCCCCCUGCUGCACACUGCCAUGGCGGCAUGCAACAGGGGGAGGGGCUAUAAUGAUGCUAUUCACCACAAAACACGUCAUAAAGGCCUCCCCACACAUCCGUAAUGGAUUGGGCGGGAUCCAGGAGAGUACACUAUCGGGAGUCAGGGGGGAACCUAUGCAUUCAAGAGUACGCAAGUAGAGUUUAAUGAUAUUGUGCUACAUGUGUUAUACCCUACAGCAUCCAAUGAGCUACUGGUAUUUUCUGUUCCAGUUUAGAAUAUGAAAGCAAACGAUUGCUAUGGGCUAUAGCCGUUUUCUACAUAUAGCACUAUGUUAUUAAAAAUGCCAUAUAAGGUAAUAGGUAAAUGAUGCACAAAUGUUUCUUAAAAGACCUUAUACAAAUCUUUUAUGCUCCACCUACUAGUAAUAUGUUAAUUUAAUUCAGUAUUUAAUGUGAUAAAAUAUGGUAAGCUACAGACUUGUGCAUCAUAGCAGCUACGUUAACACAUACAGUAAUACAUUGAAUGAGAAGGUGUUUUUAGAUGAUAUGGGCCACACACAGUAUAGUUGUUCAGUUGUCGUAUCUGUAUCUUUCCCUGACACUAUUGUUAGUAUCCAUUGGCUGAGGUACUCCAUUCAUUUAUUAAUAGUUCAUUUCUUUUUAAGUGCCUAUAAAAAUAGCUAGGAAAUGAAGAUAAAUUUCUAAUUACAGCAGCAUUGUACAUUUGUAGUUGCAUGUACAAUUACAGUAUUACCAUGUUUUGGCGCAUGCAGUUCUAAAGAUAUAUUUUUCUAUUUAUUUGAACCUUCUGGCAUGUUACAGUCAUGUGAUGGCAUAAGUCUCAUGAUUGUGAUGUCAUUUCUGUGCUUUGAAUAAAAUGAUUACAACACUCCAAUUUCAUUGUUAAGGGAUGCACUGCAACUGGGCACUGAUUUCAUUUUGUUUAAAAAAAAAAGUAUAUAUAUAUAUAUAUAUAUAUAUAUAUAUAUAUAUAUAUUCUCAUUUGUGGAUAAUCAGAAGAGCAGUGCUGUCAGCAUAGGAUAAGUAAAUUCAAAAAGAAUUUCAUCAAAUAUAGAAAAUACAAUAUUGUUUUUGUAAAUAUACAGAAUUCCUUUACUCAUGUAUGUUUUUUCUCACAAGACUCAUGACAUAUAUUUUGCUACCGAUCACAAUUCAAAUGUCAGAAGUUACUGAAGUAGAAUAUAGUAUUUCUCAAAAAUUGUACAUAGAACGAAAAUUGGACUCUAGUUAAAAUAUUCUAGUCAUUGUUGUAAGCGAAGGCAUAGUCCUCUUUUAUAGACAUGUAAUAAGGAGAUUGCAUUAUUGGGUUUGUUAUUGGGCUUCCGUGAAAUUUAGAUUCAUUGCAAGUCAUCACAGCUAUUCAGACAUUAAACAGUAUAUGCACUGUUUACUUUGUCUUAAUGGAAAUGUAAACCUCUCAACAUUCUUAACUAUAGGACACCCAUCCACCUCAAUCCACCAAACAACACCACCACCACCACCACCACCACUGCAGUUGGACUUGGUCUUGCGCAUACAUUUUAGAUACUUAUGCCAUAAAAUAUUGGGAUUCUCUCACAAAAAAGGGAUGCUUAGGGGUAUGGAAAUAAAGCCAUGAAGUUACUUUUAUUAUAGGACAUAAGGUAAUAAUUUGGUUCUAGGGAGCAGAAGACAUUUGAUUUGUAGGACAUAAAAUCUAACCACAUGGAAUGGGCGUAUUGCAUAUAAUUAAAAUUAUAUCAAAUCCAUAAACGUUAGUUUGUAGAUUAUUCAUCUUAGAUUCACAGUGUUCACUUGCUGCCUUGAAAUCCAUAGCAGUAGAUAGAUAUUAUACAUAUCAAUGUUUAAUUUACCACAAAAAUCAUCUCAUCAUUGACUGAGGUGGGCCAGUACUCAGACAGCCAUUUUGUGGGAUGAACCAAUAAUGAUGAGAAUGCAGCCUACUAAAUGUCCAUGAGCCAGCAAUGACAUAACUACAGUAAUCUCUCAUACAUUUACAGGUUGCAUUCUCAUGAAUAAACAAGUGCAAUGGUGUCACUUGUUCAUAGUGAAAUAAUAGUCACAUUGUUAUAAAUAUAAGUUGAGCCCUCAAAAUGGCUGCCUCAUGUGUAUAGACACAUAUAGGUGCACUUUAAAGACGGGCAUUUUUGUAAUUUUUUUUUAAGCUAAGCUUUCACUUUAAUAUACUGGUGCCAUUCAAACAUGCAAGUGGUUGCUCUGAUUAUUUUUUAUAAAGUUUGGUUGCUACCUGUACUUCAAAAGCCUAUGAUAUACAGCAAAUGGUUCCGGACACCUGUGGAAAAAAACAAAUGUUACAGUAUGUGGAUGUGUAGUCUACUGAUCCUCUUUUUACUUUAAUUACAUUUAAUAUUCAGGUUAAUGCGCUCAGAUCUGCAUUGCUACUUAACCCAGUCUAAAUCAGUGCUGUGUCACUAUGUAUAGAAGUGUAAAAUGUGUCCGGAUCCCUAGUCGGCAGUAUAAUCAUGUAACCAUAAGACACAUGGGGUAGAUGCACUAAUUCUCCCAUCACCACCUUGAUGAGGACCAUUGUAGUGCAUUGCAACAGGUGUAGCUUGGUAAAAGCCACCUAGCAGGAGAGACAAAGGAUCUUGCUGUCCCUGAAUCUUUUUUAUUAAAGUUGUGUUACCUAUAUUAGAAUAUGUUUAUAUACGAAUAAAAAUAUCUGAUAACCAAAAUCCUGAUUGCAUUUUACGCAUACAGGGGCUAAUUCUUAAUCAUACGUAUCCCUUUUCACAGUCUAAGUUGGGUACUGUUCCGUCGUGUGGAAGUGUUAUGGCCGUAUAGCUAGAGUUUUCUGCUACUCUAAGUCAUGCUUAUGGAAAACUUUAACCUGUGACAGACGGAUCUCUUGCCAAUACAAAUAAUGACGGUUGAGGCUAUGGAGGUAAAACCAGUGUAUAGGAGCGGCAUCCCAUUUGGAUCCGAUCGGAUCCUGGCAUUAGCCCUACAGAACCUAGCAUUAGCAUAAGGUAGUAAAUUUGGCUUCCAGAGCAUCAUGCAAAUGCAGCCACUUUGCACAUUACCCAGAAUCAGCCCCAACGUUUCCUGCAAUUCAAAUUGCACCUUUUUUUUUUUUUAUCAGUCAUAUAACUUCUGUGCUAAGUACAUGUUUUUAUUGUAUAUAUAUAUAUUACAUCUAAUAAGAGACAUGGGGGAUUUAUUUAGUAAUUUACCACAGGCUGAUUGAUUCUCUGGGGCUAUUUAAUUAGCCGUGAAGGCAGCUCACGGGCCAAAAAGAAAUGUACAAUAAUUAGCCUGUUAUCAGGUGGAAACCCAAUGUUAACAUAUAGGUCAGAGAACUUUCCCAAAUACUAUUAUAGGGUGAUACUCAAAUGAUAUAUCACGCCCAAUUUCCUUUCUAAAGUGAUCCCCGUUAUUGUGCAUAUCGUGCUCAUAGUGAUCAGGUUUAGCUGCGUAAAGGGUUAGAGUGCCUCGCUACCCCAGGGGUUGCGAGAUGAAAUGAUGAUACCAAACCCAUCAGCAGAAACAGAACGGGUGUGGAAGGGGGCGGAAAGAAUUGACUACCGCCCGUGUUAACACCCGAUAAUAGGUUAAUUUAAGGGGUGAGAAAAAAGGCCUGUAAUUAAAUGGCCCCAGGCUACCAUCUUUUUACACCCUGUUAAAGUAACAGGGCUAAUUGAAUUCAGGCCAUGGGUUGCUUCAUAUAUGGAUAAUAAGGAGAGGCAAGUGGCUAUUUGCAUCUUAAAUGCCGCCCGUGCAAUCUAAUGACUAAAGCAAGUUUGGUGGAGUAUGAUGUUGAGUCUGUGUCUAAUGUGAUUACUGUCUCUCAAGGACUCAAUCCAUCUGAGCUUGCAUUUGCAAGACAGGAGAGAGUAGUUUGCCCAGGAUGCAAAUUAUGUCUUGAGACUGUUUUAUGACAGAUGGUAUUACUUCCAGGUGCAUUUGUCUAGUACUAGAGCACCUAAUGCAUUUAUUGGAUAAAUUGGAGUUGAUGAGUUUAGAAAAAUCUGUAACCUUUAAGAGCACUAUAAUGUUAACAGGAGCACAGAUUAUUUCAGCUCAUGUGUAAAUAUGAAAUAGGAAGGGCUGGGCCAACACACAGCUAGUCCAAGCAUUUUGUCACCAAUGACAGCAGAGAGAAAUGUGAAGCACCUGCCAAACUGGUAUGGAAAAGCAGUGGUGUUACAUGAACCUCUAUAUGAAAAAAAAAGGUUUUAUUUUUGUUACUUUAUUGUUAUUAAAAAUAGAAAUAUUUUUAAGUAAUAGAGACAUGUGGAAAAGCAUAAUAUUCAAAUAUACUGUAUAAGUGAUUUCUAAUUGGUUGCUGAUGAUAACUUCUAUCAGUAGCUGUAGUUUGUGACCGCUUUUGUGAUAUGUUGAAUAGUAAUAACAUUUGCACCCAGAGGAGAGGUGUGUGUGUGUGUGUGUGUGUGUGUGUGUGUGUGUGUGUGUGUGUGUGUGUGUCUGUGCCAUCUAACGCCCAAUAUGUGCAACUUUUACGUCCUUAACUCAUUUAAAUAGCAUUGUUCUGCAAAAACAAAAUAUCCUCGUACGUGUGGGUCUAUAAUUAGGUUAUGUCCUAUGCGCCUAACCGUACUUGACAAAGUACAUCCAUGAUGUACAAUUUGCAACCCUACAAAUGCCGCCAUUUCCAUGUAGAAAACUGGGCAUAUUUGCAAAGAAACAUUUGUGCUGGAAGAUGUUCAUUAUUGCACUUUUAUAAAUGACCCUAACAGAAUAUUAUUAUUGACUAGAAAGAAGUUUAGGACAUAUGUGAAAAUGUCCAAAAAGUUAAGUGACAAAAUGAAAUAUAAUCAUGGUCGCCAUUUGCAGAGGAAUAAGCAUCUACUUUGUGGUUUUAUGUGGGUAACGCAGUGGUAUUUCCAUCCAUAGGGCCAGAUGUACAAAGCCUUGAAAAGGGAUAAAUUGCACGGGGAUGAAGUACCAACCAACCAGCUCCUAAUUGUCAUUUUUCAAACUCAGCCUGGAACAUGGCAGUUAGGAGCUGAUUGGCUGGUACUUUAUCACCGUUAAAUGUAUCAGUUUUUAAGGCUUAGUACAUCUCACCCUAAGUACGGCAGAAUAAUCAGUUACCCCAACACUGGAGGGUUCUGGGAAGGAUGUAUAAAUAUAAACUAUACAUCUUGCCAGUUUCACACUCAUUUUUAGAAUUGCAUAAUUAAAAACAGACUGUACACCCCAUUUCUAAUCUGUUUAAACUUAUUUCUUGAUGUCGGGACUUAAAUAUGACAUUGCCAACAGAUGCCUUAAAUUUAUUUUGUGACCAUAAUACUAUUUAAAAUAUAUUUAUAUAUCUAUUAUGUUUGUUUAAUGAGGUGAUGUUUGUUCUAGUGUAUUUUAUCUUUGUUGCUGUUUUCUUCUAUUUAUGAUGUAAGGAAUUUGUGCCAAAAUAUUUGCUACUGUCUGUAUGCCAUUGAGAAUCUAUGAUAAUAGUAAGUCAUGUGACAUCUGCUGGAGUGAUAAGGGGCCAGACUGGAGAGUUACAUGAAUUGCCAUGGUACUGCUUUACAAACUUUAAGCAGUUCCUCAGUUUCUUCCUCCUGAGCGCCAGCUAGUAGACAGAUAUUCUACAGUAGAGACUAGGGACUCAUGUACUUUGUCAGGAGGUCAAUAUAUCUCCCUUUUUUUUUCUGUGGAAUCCAUAACCAUUUCUUGGGAACAAACAUCAUCACUGCCAUCCUUCACUUUAGCAGUGAAGUGUCCCUGCGAGUAAACUGGCUGGCGAGAGCAUGGCAUGACUAUAGACCAGUACUUUGUCUCUUUCCAAACCAAAAACCUGGCGAUUAACUGGAAAUGCAGUGUAGGCAAUAUUUGGCCUAAACAUAAACACCACACACAUUGAUGGGAAAAAUAUAAAACUAGUUGCAUUUGGUAUGGAAAAAUAGAUUUCCACAAAAUCCUUUUUGCUUUUCCAUUAGCUUUGCUGGUUGUUGUCUGUUAAAUUUAGGUUCAUACAUUUGAAACAACUACUUUGGAUAUGAUGGCAUAAAAUGUUAGGGCAUUCAGAGCCACCUAUAAAUAUUGAAACUGAGAAUAAAAAUGUGAAUAUGUUUGUUUAAAUGUGUGUAUAGUUAAAGAAGCCAUUGUGACCCAUGGAACUGUGCAAUAAAUACUAAUGUAAGAUACAUAUACAGUCAUAUCCGAUCAUUAGGUUGGACUCUAACCUGGAUGCUGGAAGAGCUCCUGAGUUAGCCAAUUGGAUUAACCCCAAACAGUCAGAUAUGGGGGUCUAUUUACUAAGCCGUGGACGGCGAUAAGGUACCAGCCAAACCGGCACCUCACUGCCAUGUCACAGGCUGGGUUUGAAAAAUGACAGGAGCUGAUUAGCUGGUACUUUAUUUCCAUCCAAUGAUUAGUAAAUAGACCCCUUAGUCCCAUAUUCACCGGACAAACCAAACCAUCUGACUGGAUUAGGUAUGUGCACCAAAAAUCUGGUAGCAGUACUGAUCUGUAUAGAUAAUCAUUUAGAACCUGUAAUGUUUGUGUCAAUAGAAUUACUUGACCACAAUACAAAUCUUGUACAGUAAGGUGUUUGUCUGUUAAUUGUGCCAUGAAGACUUUGCAAAGCACUCACCCUUGUAGUUAGCAUCAAUACUUGAAGCACAGUGCAUGCCAAAUAAGGGAGUAUUACAGCAUUCACAUUUUAAUAAAUGCCAGGGGUGAGCGCUUGUUAUUUUUAUUGACUUAUUUUAAUCAACGCAAAAAUUGGAAUAUGAUAGAUAUGUGCUAGUGUUAGAAAGUAAAAAAAAAUUCUGAUAUAAUUACUAAAUUAUACUAUAAAAAUUGGCUUAUUACAAUAUUAACUGGGAAACGCCCUCACUAUAAACAUUAGUAUAUCUAUUUGGUUACUCUUUGGUGACAGUCCUAGAGUUACCACUGAGGUAACAGUACGGUUGAUGUAUCCAGCAGUAAAAAGAGUGGGGAAGUUGUCCAAUGGAGAAGGUACCCAUACCAACCAAUCAGUUUUGUGGUAGCAUUUAUCAAGUGCAUUCUAUAAGAUUAUACAUAGAGGCUGAUUGGUUGUUGGUGGUAACCUCUCCACUGGUCCUCUUCUCCACUCUUUUCACUACCUGAAACAUUAACCUAAGUAUGGCUAAGCGAACCUUAUGACAGAAUUAUUAUUAUUAUUAUUAUUAUGUCACUCUUACAUUUUAAUUGCAAGUAUAGUUCAUCAUUCCUUUCCCAUCACACUUAUGUGGAAUUACACUUUUUAGUGUAACAUAAAAAGAACUAAAUAGGCUAAAAUGCUGCAUACUGUAUAUUUUUUGCUAUGUAGUGAUUUCACAGAUGAAUAUAUUUAUUCAGAAAGUCAUUGAAAACAAUUAUUAUUUAAUUCAUAUUCCUUAAAUUUAAAUAUAUAUCUAUACUUUUUUUAUUUUUUAAAUAAAACCAUUACACAAUUGUUUGUUGGAUACUUAUUGUUAGAUGUAGCAUUCUAGCGAAUUUGACUUUGAAAAUUAAACUGGAGUUUAAUAUUGGUAUACUGGAGGCUCAUAAGGGGGAUGUAUCAAAUUGUGGUUUAUUGUGAUUUUUUAAGACUGCUUUCAAUUAGAUGUGGUUUCAAGCACAAACCUGUUUAUUAAUCUGUGAUUUGGAUAAAAUUGCAUCGGAUGUCAGGUUGAAGAAACAACUUGCAGUUUAGAGCAAACCUCGGUUUGGAAACCAACUGAAUAUAAUACAAAAACAUUUACUCAUGAUUUGUGAUGCAUUCAAUUUUGACUUAGCAAAACAUUUGAAUCACCCACCCCAUAAUUCCCAAAGCAUGCAGUUUCUCACGAUUGAUACCCACAAAUAUUUGCCUUUUAUGCGCAUUUUUUUCAGUUGUGCAAGCUGCUGCUUGAUACAUUGCACCAUUUAUAAAGAUUCCUGGGGUCAAAUGUAAUGACGCCUGAGAUUGCCGCAGGUUCGAGAUGCCGGACGAUCUCAAACUUUUUUUUAAAGGGGCAAUCACUCACAAGGCA